AUGCGGCAAGCCCCCCUGUUGCUGCUGCUGCUGCUGCUGCAGAAUUCCGCAGCAUCUCUAACAGCGGCAGCAGCAACAACAGCAGCAACAGCCACAGAACACCCAGCAGCAGCAACAACAGCAGCAGCAGCAGCAGCAGCAGCAUCAACAACCGCAGCAGCAACAGCAACACCGACAGGGGCAGCAGACGUGAAGCAGUAUAGUGACCAUGGAGACCCCAGUCUCUUCGGUGUUGGCGCUGCAGCUGCCUUUACUAUACAGCAGCAGCAGCAGCAGCAGCAGCAGCAGCAACAGCAGCAGCAGCAGCAGCAGCAACAGCAGCAGCAGCAGCAACAGCAGCAGGAACCGCAGCAUCGAACCCAACAGCAACACCGACAAGGAAGACUGUUCGGGUUGCUGCGGCCUGCUGUCCCCAUGAGUGUGGAUGCCAUGCUGCAGCAGCAGCAGCAGCAGCAGCAGCAGCAGCAGCGGCAAGAACAGCAGCAACACCAGCUGCAACAACAGCACCAGCAGCAACAGCAGCAGCAGCAGCAGCAGGAGGUAUUGAGGGGCGACCAAACUGCACUCGUUGCCCUAACAGCAACAGAAGCAGAAACAGCAUCAGCAGCAGCAGCAGCAGCAGCAACAGUUGCUGCUGCUGCUGCUGCUGCUGCUGCUGCUCCUCAUCGGAGCCUCGCAGCAUCAACGACUAUCGUGAGGCUCUUCGAUAAACCCUAA